AUGGUAACGAAGAAACUUUUGAGUUUUAAUUUAUUCUUGAUAAUAAUACUAACUUUCGAAAAUUUAAGCUUCGAUAAAAAAAAUACUUGCAUGAUAAAUAAUAAUAUACGAUCAAAUUCAUGCGGUAUAGUAAAUCGUAUGUUAAGGGAAAAUUCACAAAAUAACUCCUUAAAAACACCAAAAAUCUUACCCUAUAUCAGAAAUUUUUCAUUAGAAAAAUAUAUUGCUGGUGACAAACUACAAAAAAAUAUUUUAAAUAAUAUUAAUAAACUUAGUGGUGCACACUUAUUUCACGAUUCAAAAUCUCAAUUACCAACCAUACCAAAUAACAAAUUUGUUGGUGACGCUACUAAAUCAUUUUUGGAAUCUAGAAGAAAUUUUGGAACUAAUCAAAUCGAAAAUAAACGAACAAAUUUUGGUAGAAUGUUGUGUGAAGAUCAUAAAAAUAAUGGAGGUGAAGUCGCCUCUACAGAAAAAGCAGUUUUCAAAAAUCCAAAAGACCCCAAAAUCCAUUACAGAACCGAUUACAAACCAAGUGGAUUUACAAUUGAUACUGUUACAUUAAAUAUUAAUAUUUUUGAUACUGAAACAACUGUUAGAUCAUCCUUAAAUAUGUGCACUAAUGAUAAUUAUGCUAAUGAAGAUCUUGUUUUUGAUGGUAUAGGAUUAUCUAUUAAAGAAUUAUCUAUUAAUGAUAAUAAAUUAACUGAAGGUGAAGAUUAUACAUAUGAUAAUGAAUUUUUAACUAUAUUUGCAAAAAAUGUACCAAAAGGAAAUUUUGUAUUCGUAUCUGAAGUUAUUAUUCACCCUGAAACAAAUUAUGCCUUAACUGGUUUAUACAAAUCUAAGGAUAUCAUUGUAUCUCAAUGUGAAGCUACUGGUUUCCGUAGAAUCACAUUUUUUAUUGAUAGACCCGAUAUAAUGGCUAAAUACGAUGUUACUUUAACCGCAGAUAAAAAAAAAUACCCAGUAUUAUUAAGUAAUGGUGAUAAGCUUAAUGAAUUUGACGUUCCAGGAGGUCGACAUGGAGCUAGAUUUAAUGACCCCCAUUUAAAACCAUGCUAUUUAUUUGCUGUAGUUGCUGGUGACUUAAAGUUUUUAAGCGAUAAAUAUGUUACAAAAUUUACUAACAAACCUGUUGAAUUAUAUGUAUAUAGUGAAGCAAAAUAUGUAUCAAAAUUAAAAUGGGCCUUAGAAUGCUUAAAGAAAGCUAUGAAAUUUGAUGAAGAUUAUUUUGGAUUAGAAUAUGAUUUAUCAAGAUUAAAUUUAGUUGCCGUAUCCGAUUUUAAUGUAGGUGCUAUGGAAAAUAAAGGAUUAAAUAUUUUCAAUGCAGACUCUUUAUUAGCAUCUAAAAAAACAUCUAUUGAUUUUUCAUUUCCAAGAAUAUUAACAGUUGUUGGUCACGAAUAUUUCCACAACUAUACUGGUGACAGAGUUACUUUAAGAGAUUGGUUUCAAUUGACUUUAAAAGAAGGUUUAACUGUACACAGAGAAAAUUUAUUUUCUGAACAAACAACUAAAACAGCUACAUUUAGAUUAACUCACAUUGAUUUAUUAAGAAGUGUACAAUUUUUAGAAGAUUCAUCACCCUUAUCUCACCCUAUCAGACCCGAAUCAUAUAUUAGUAUGGAUAACUUUUAUACUAAUACUGUAUAUGAUAAAGGAAGUGAAGUCAUGAGAAUGUAUCAAACUAUUUUAGGAGAUGAAUAUUACAAAAAGGGUAUCACUUUAUACUUAAAAAAACAUGAUGGUGGUACAGCUACUUGUGAAGAUUUUAAUGAAGCUAUGAAUGAAGCAUAUCAAAUGAAAAAUGGAAAUAAUGAAAAAAAUUUAGAUCAAUAUUUAUUGUGGUUUUCACAAAGUGGUACUCCUCAUGUAACAGCUGAAUAUAUUUAUGAUGAAAAAGCAAAAACAUUUACAAUUAAUUUAUCCCAAAUUACAUAUCCAGAUGAUAACCAAAAAGAAAAACAUCCUUUAUUUAUUCCAGUAAAAGUUGGUUUAAUUAAUCCAAAAGAUGGUAAAGAUAUUAUUUCUGAAGUUGUUUUAGAAUUUAAGAAAGACAAAGAUACUUUUGUAUUCGAAAAUAUUAAUGAAAAACCUAUUCCAUCAUUAUUUAGAGAAUUUUCAGCACCUGUAUAUAUUAAAGAUAAUUUAACUGAUGAAGAACGUAUAACAUUAUUGAAAUAUGAUAGUGAUGCUUUUGUUCGAUAUAAUGUAUGCAUUGAUUUAUAUAUGAAACAAAUAAUUAAAAAUUAUAAUGAAUUUUUAUCUCAAAAAACUAAAGGAACUGAAAUAUUAGGACACACUUUAACUCCAGUUAGUGAAGAUUUUAUUAAUGCAAUUAAACACUUAUUAGAAGAUAAACAUGCUGAUCCAGGAUUUAAAUCAUAUAUUAUUACAUUACCACGUGAUAGAUAUAUAAUGAACUAUAUUAAAGAAGUUGAUCCAAUUGUUUUAGCAGAUACAAAAGAUUAUAUAUAUAAACAAAUAGGUAACAGAUUAAAUCCAAUACUUUUUAGCAUAUUCCAAGACAGUGAAAGUAAAGCAAAUGAUAUGACUCACUUUAAUGACGAAUCAUAUGUUGAUUUUGAUCAAUUAAAUAUAAGAAGUUUAAGAAAUUCUAUUAUGGUUAUGUUAAGUAAAGCUCAAUAUCCACAUAUGUUAAAAUAUGUUAAGGAGCAAGCUAAAUCACCAUACCCAUCUAAUUGGCUAACUAGUUUAACAGCAUCUGCCUAUUUUACUGGAAAUGAUUAUUAUGAUUUAUAUGACAAAACAUAUAAUCUUUCUAAAAAUGAUGAAUUACUUUUACAAGAAUGGUUAAAAACUGUCUCAAGAUCAGAUAGAAAAGAUAUUUACAAUAUCAUCAAAAAAUUAGAAGUUGAAGUAUUAAAAGAUAGUAAAAACCCAAAUAUUAUCAGAGCUGUAUAUUUACCAUUUACAGCUAAUUUAAGAGCCUUUAAUGAUAUAUCAGGUAAAGGAUACAAAUUAAUGGCAGAUAUUGUCAUGAAAGUUGACAAAUUUAAUCCUAUGGUUGCAACACAAUUAUGUGAUCCAUUCAAAUUAUGGAAUAAAUUAGACUUAAAAAGACAAGCUUUGAUGCAUGAAGAAAUGAACAGAAUGUUAAGCAUGGACAAUAUUUCUCCUAACUUGAAAGAAUAUUUGCUUAGAUUAACAAAUAAAAUGUAA